AUGUUCAAGGACGUGACUCAAGUAAAAAUUUAUGGACAUGCGAAGAAAGGUGGAGCAAGCCUCAAGAAAAUCCUGGGCAUAGCUGGAGUAAGAGCCCCUAGCGAGGCUCAAGAAAAUCCUUGUCGAAAGAGGUGGAGUUGUAGGGGCUCACUCUUGAAAGGUGUGGGUGUGGUGAACGAGCAUGUUACCUUGGCUUGGAUCUUGCCAAGGUGGAGAUUGUUGGUGUAA